AUGUGCGCGGCGGGGAGGCGCUGGGGCCGGCGGCAGCGAGCUCUGCUCUGCGCCGUCCUGCUGGUGGCGUGGCAGGCGGCGUGGGGGCAGCUGCGCUACUCGGUGCCCGAGGAGAUGCCCAAGGGCUCCUUCGUGGGCGACGUGGCCAAGGACCUGGGGCUGCAGCAGUCGGCACUCAAAGACCGAGACGCCCACGUUUUUGACGCAGGUAGGACACGGUACUUUUUUUUAGACUUGCAGAACGGCCACUUAUCUAUGAUGGAGCAGGUGGACAGAGAGGAGAUAUGCGCAGCUGUUGCUAAAUGUGUUCUAAAUUUUGAAAUUCUUGUAAAGCGUCCAAUGAACAUUUACAAAGGGGAGGUAGAAAUACUGGAUAUUAAUGAUAAUCCUCCCAGUUUCCCAGAAAGAAGAAAUGUCUUAGAAAUCAGCGAGAAUACUGCACCAGGUGCACGCUUCCCAUUAGAGAGAGCUCAUGAUCCCGACAUAGGAGUGAACUCUUUACAGAAUUACGAAUGUAGCGAGAGCAGCUAUUUCACCUUGGACAUGAAAACUGGAGGUGAUGGUGUGAAAUAUCCGGAAUUAUUAUUGGUGAAAUCUUUGGAUCGUGAACAGCAGGCUGAUCAUAAUUUGAUCCUGACAGCCACAGACAACGGGAAUCCGGUGAAAUCAGGGUCGACAACAGUCCAAAUCAUUGUGUUAGAUGGAAAUGACAAUGCUCCAGAAUUUACUCAGUCUGUAUAUAAGGUGACUUUGAAAGAAGACGUGGCUGUAGGAACUCACGUGUUACAAGUGACAGCGACUGACAGAGACGAAGGGCCAAAUGCAGAGGUAAAAUACUCGUUCUUUCAGAUCCCAGAGAAGUUCGACAAGACUUUUAAGAUGGAUCCGGAAAGUGGAGAAAUUGUCAUAACAGAGAACUUGAAUUUCGAAGAACACGAGUUUUAUGAAUUGGUUGUGCAAGCUCGGGAUGCGGGCGGACUCUCUUCCCACAGCAAGGUACUUAUCAAGGUCGUUGAUGUAAACAACUACGUUCCCGAGAUUGUCAUUAUGUCCGUGUUCACUCCGGUUCCGGAAAAUACACCACUGGGAACAGUAAUAGCAAUUUUCAGCGUCCAAGACAGGGAUUCUGGAGCGAACGGAGAGGUGCAGUGCAGCAUCAGCGACAGCCACCCGUUCCGCCUAGAGAAGUCAUUCGAUAAUUACUACCGUGUGGUGACUGCAGAAGCCGACAGCGGCGCCUUGCGCGGCGUGCCCGUGUCGCACUUCGUGGGCAUCGACGGCGUGCGCGCCUUCCUGCAGUCCUACUCGCACGACGUGUCGCUCACGGCCGACUCGCGCAAGAGCCAGCUGCGCUUCUCGGCCGCCAGCUGCUGCGACACCCUCCCGGCCGGACCAGCUGAUGAGGCUUCGAGUGAUCUCGCCCCCUCAGGAGAUCAAGUUACCGAAAGCGGUGGGCAAGUUUCUUUUCAGAUAGUCACCCGGUAA